AUGGGUGUGGUCAGUCUGUCCGGGGGAUUCAACGCAGGGGGCAAGGGUCGGCCGCUCGGUGCACAAAGAUCCCCUCGAGGGACAUCUCCCCGGGUGUCGCCGACCCCCGCCGAGCGCACUUCCUCUGAGGCGGCUCUGGAUCGUCCAGGAAAGACUCAAGACUGCACUCCUUCCAUCGCUCACAGCUUGGAUUGUGAACUGAGCGUGAGCAAAACUACAAAAAAACGGAAAGCCACCGACGAGGGGUUCAAACCUGAGCCCAAAAAACCUCGUCCUGAUGAAUCCGCCAAAGUGAGUGACUUUGCGCUGACAUACGAGGAGCAUGAGCAGCUCGGACAGGGAGGAUUUGGGUCGGUGUUUGCCGGCGUCCGGAUCUCAGACCAACAGUCGAGCAUUGAAAAUGAGGUGUUGAGCGUCCCCUCUGAGGCCGUCCUGAUGAACAAAGCUGCUCCGGAUCGGCACUCGGUCGGACUGAACCCCUCGGUGACUCUGCUCGACUGGUACCUCCAGGAUGAAGGUCAGGAGGUGGUUCUGGUGAUGGAGAGACCCACUCCAUCCCAAGACCUGUUUGACUACCGUCAGGAGAAAGGCCCCCUGACAGAAGCUCACGCAAAGGAGCUGAUCCGUCAGGUGGUGAACGCGCUGCUGGACCUUGACUCAAAACAGAUUUUCCAUAGAGACGUUAAUAUGAACAAUCUCCUGGUUCAGGAGACAGAGUCUGGCCCAAGGAUCAGGGUCAUAGACUUUGGCUGUGGCUGCGGCGUCCAAUCAGAGCCCUUCUACAGUUUCAAAGGAACACCAGAGUAUGUACCUCCUGAGGCCUAUGGGACUGAAGGAUACCGCGCUGCUCCUACCUCAGUGUGGCAGACGGGGGCGCUACUUCACGAACUGCUGCGCUCUAAGAGUGACAAAGGGUUCACCACAAGAGAUUUCAUGAAGGGUUUUCCAUACAUUUCCUUCUUGAGUCUGAGUGGUGUGUCCCAAGAGUGCAGUGACUUCUUGCGGGCCUGUCUGGCACUGGACCCAAACCAGAGGAUCCCUUUGGACCAGCUGAGCCUCCAUCCCUGGUUGAGAAUGGUCUAA